GAACAAACACGUGCUGACAGUCAUUCCACUAACAAGGAUAAGUAUGAAACGGUGAAGAAAAUUGGGCAAGGUGCAUUUGGAACAGCCACCCUUGUCACAUCCAAAGAGGAUGGACACCAAUAUGUCAUCAAGGAGAUUUUCAUAUCUGAAAUGUCGACUGAAAAGAAGCAGAAAGCUCGAAAAGAAGUUAAAGUUCUUUCCAAGAUGAGUCAUCCCAACAUUGUCCAGUAUAAGGAAUCUUUUGAAGAGGGGGACUGUCUGUAUAUUGUGAUGGACUACUGUGAAGGUGGAGACCUCUCCAAGAAGAUCAAAUCUCAGGAAGGAAAACUUUUCCCAGAACAGCAAAUCCUGGACUGGUUUGUGCAGAUUUGUUUGGCACUAAAACACAUCCAUGAUAAAAACAUCCUCCACAGGGACAUUAAACCACAGAACAUAUUUUUGACUAAAGAUGGGACUGUACAGCUUGGGGACUUUGGAAUUGCAAGAGUGCUGAACAGCACUGCAGAACUGGCAACAACAUGCAUAGGAACACCACUUUAUGUAUCACCAGAGAUCUGUGAGAACAAACCAUACAACAACAAAAGGUACAAACAUUAUGCUUUUGUUUCUCAUUUGAGGGUAAAUUAGUAGACCUACUGUUAACAUAGUAAUCUAGUGGGAGUAAAGCCUUAUAUGUUGUGUUUUUAAAUAACCUCUCAAUCUCAAUGUCCACUUUAUGGUUUUUUCAGCAAUGAAGUCCUUUUUUCUCCAUCUUAAAGUGACUUAUUGAAUAAAUAUAAAGCUGCCUUCAUAACUGAUCCCAGCCUGUUUGUCUGCUCUCUCCUCUGACUUUCUCUCCCUCUGCAGUGAUAUUUGGGCCGUAGGUUGUGUCCUGUAUGAAAUGUGCUCUCUA